UCCCACCACACGAAAUAUCCCCACUCGCAACGCACGAUUCGCAUACCCGUACUGACUCUCAACGACCCUCAUUACAGAAGAUCAGCCCCGCAAAAAUGGCCAACGAAACCGAAGUCAAAAAGCCCACCCAGGACGAUCUCGUCGACGGACUCCAAAACCUCUCCGUCAACGACUCGCCAGCGACUGGCGCCGAAGGUGGCGAAAAGACAAAGAAGCCCAGAAAGAGGACCAACAAGAAAAAGACAACAAACACCGAUGUAAAGACCGAAGCUGAGGAGGGUGUUACUGCGACUGCGACCACCAAUGGAGAUGAGAAUGGCGAUGGAGAUGUGACGUCCCCGGCUUCCACGGCACCGAAAUAUGAUAACACUGCCAAGGUUUUUGUCGGGAACUUGCCGUUCCAGGUUACGAAGGAGGAGUUGGAGGUGGCUUUCGGUAAUGCUGGUGCAAUCGCUGAAGUGAACGUCAUCACCCGGGGCGACCGCUCCAUGGGCUUCGGCUUCAUCUCCUUUGAGCGGGACGAAGACGCUGACAAGGCUGUCCAGCUCUUGAACGCGACAGACAUCGGUGGCCGAACGAUCAGUGUGGAACGGGCUCAGGACAAGGAUCCCAACGAACCUCGCCGACGAAGAGGCGGGUUCAGGGGUCGUGGGCGUGGGGUUGGACGUGGACGUGGAAGGGGCGGACGGGGCGCGUUCCGUGGGAGGGGACGUGGAAGCUUUAGCGAGGAAGGAGGUGCUCGGGUCGACCAAGAAGAGCACGAAUACACAGAGGGUACCGAAGGCCACGACGGCGAAGCUGGCUCACGCAGCCGGGGCCGUGGUCGCGGCAGCCGAGGAGGCCGAGGCCGCGGAGCCAGCCGCACCCCCCGAUCCCCCCGCGACACCACAGGCGAAACCAGCAAGACGACAAUCUUUGUCGCAAACCUCCCCUUCAAAGUCGACGACGAAGACCUGGCCUCGAUCUUCAAGGGCUACUCCGUCGCGUCCGUCCACGUCGUCAAGCUCCGUAACGGCCGCUCGAAGGGUUUUGGAUUCGUCGAGCUCGCGAAUGAAGCGGAGCAGCACAAGGUGUUGCAGGAGUUGAAGAAUAUUGUGGUGGAUGGGAGGGAGUUGGUUAUCAAGGUUGCUAUGGCGUACCAGACCCCGCCGAGCAAGGAGGAGGAGGUUAAGGAGGAAGCGGAGCAGGAAUAGGGCGAGCGCAGGCGAGGUUGAUGAACCGUUUGCAAAUCUCUCUUUCCGCUGUGUGGUGUGUGCCGCUCGCAGUCUCUGUCCCGUAUCCCAUUUUUGUUUAUCCCCCCGCGAAUCCCCCUGUACUAUGUCACACCCGAUUCCAAAACAUCCCCCAACAACGCACGCUCGGAUCAAAACAUGAUCUCUUCUCGCUUAUACUCUCUCUCGUUCCGUGCCUCACGUACAAAAAUAUAAAACAUUGGUCAUGGCAACAAACACAUCCCUCUUUGCUAUGUGAAAUCUUGCCAUAUCUGAGUGUCGGGCGACGGGGUUGGUUGGGGAAUAUCGGGACCG